GAGAGAGAAGAGAGAGAGAAAGAAAGAGAACGGCGUCUCCAGGUUCCCAGCAGCGAGCGGGUGAGCGUUGUGUUGGCCUUAGCGGGUCACUAACCGCGAUCGUCUGACUCUAGGGGCGCAAGGACCUGGGAGGGGGGGACUAGGGCUGUGAGUUUGUCCCGCACCCCUUGGUGCUGCUGCUGCUGCUGCGGCUGCGGCUCCCGACCCCGCAACUGCAAAGUCGACCGACCUACCGCAUUCCGACUGGGGCUCUGGGCCGACUCAGCACCGCCCCUGCGCCAAGCCAGCUGGCCAGCCUCCAUCGAUCGCCCUGGUGGGAGCUUAGAAGGCGGCAGGAGAAGAGGGGUAGGAGGAGGGGCAGGGGGUGGGAAAGAGAGCCUGGAGCAGCAGAAGAGGGGUGAGGGUCUCAGGUGAGGGGAAAACCUGCUGAGCUGGCUCGAACCCGGACCCGAGGAGGGCUUGGCAAGGAUGAGGAGGGGAGCUAGGGGACUCCCCCAUAUGAUGGCCCAGUAGGCUAGAAUGGCACUGCAUUAAAGCACUUGGAGCCAGAGCCAAAAAGAAGGGGGGGGCAAUAAUCCACCAGCCCCCUUCCCUCUCCCCUAGUCCAACUCUAGGCCAAACUCCUACCCCACUCCCCACCCCCGAAAAAAACUCUCACCUGUGCCUGCCCAAGGCUGCAGGCCUGGGACUGUCCCAACAUAUUGCAAAGCUUAGGGUGGAGGGGGGAAAAGGACAGGUAACCCUAAACCAGGGCACAGCAGCAGCUCCUGGCAAACUCCCUUGAAAGCCUCUCCUCCUCCUGAGUGUGGGGGAGAGCCGCCCUUUCCGGUGGGGGGGCCUCUGGGGUCCCCCCCACCCCUCUUCUCUAGCUGCUUCCUACUCCCCCACGCUCCCUCCUGGCCUCUCCUCCCUGCACCCCUACUCCGGGAGGCUGCCACCAUCAUGACGGUGAUGUCGGGGGACAAUGUGGACGAGGCCUCUGCCGCCCCAGGCCAUCCUCCGGAGGGCAGCUACCCGAGGCCUGGGGACCACGACGACCACGAAUGCUGCGAACGCGUGGUGAUCAACAUCUCGGGGCUCCGCUUCGAGACGCAGCUCAAGACCCUGGCCCAGUUCCCCAACACGCUGCUGGGCAACCCCAAGAAACGCAUGCGUUACUUCGACCCUCUGCGCAACGAGUAUUUCUUCGACCGCAACAGGCCUAGCUUCGAUGCCAUCCUCUACUACUACCAAUCGGGGGGCCGGCUGCGACGUCCUGUUAAUGUGCCCCUGGACAUGUUUUCCGAGGAGAUCAAAUUUUAUGAACUGGGAGAGGAGGCCAUGGAGAAAUUCCGAGAGGACGAAGGCUUCAUCAAAGAAGAAGAACGGCCCUUACCUGAGAAGGAAUACCAGCGCCAGGUUUGGCUGCUCUUCGAAUACCCCGAAAGCUCAGGGCCCGCUAGGGUCAUCGCCAUUGUCUCAGUCAUGGUCAUCCUCAUCUCCAUCGUUAUCUUUUGCCUGGAGACUCUGCCCGAGCUGAAGGACGACAAGGACUUCACAGGCACCUUGCACCGGAUUGACAACACCACGGUCAUCUAUACGUCCAACAUCUUCACGGACCCCUUUUUCAUCGUGGAGACCCUGUGUAUCAUCUGGUUCUCCUUCGAGUUGGUGGUGCGUUUCUUUGCCUGCCCGAGCAAGACGGAUUUUUUCAAGAACAUCAUGAACUUUAUCGACAUUGUGGCCAUCAUCCCAUACUUCAUCACCCUAGGCACGGAGAUAGCAGAGCAGGAGGGGAACCAGAAAGGGGAGCAGGCCACCUCGCUGGCCAUCCUCAGGGUCAUCCGUUUGGUCAGGGUGUUUAGGAUCUUCAAACUUUCCCGCCACUCCAAGGGCCUCCAGAUCCUGGGCCAGACCCUCAAGGCUAGCAUGCGAGAGUUAGGGUUACUGAUCUUUUUCCUCUUUAUCGGGGUCAUACUGUUCUCUAGCGCAGUGUACUUUGCCGAGGCGGAAGAAGCUGAGUCGCACUUCUCUAGCAUCCCCGAUGCUUUCUGGUGGGCGGUGGUAUCCAUGACCACUGUAGGAUACGGUGACAUGUACCCUGUGACAAUUGGAGGCAAGAUCGUGGGCUCCUUGUGUGCCAUCGCUGGUGUGCUGACAAUUGCCCUGCCCGUACCUGUCAUUGUGUCCAAUUUCAACUAUUUCUACCACCGAGAAACUGAGGGGGAAGAGCAGGCUCAGUUGCUCCACGUUAGUUCCCCUAACUUAGCCUCUGACAGUGACCUCAGUCGCCGCAGUUCCUCUACCAUCAGCAAGUCUGAGUACAUGGAGAUCGAAGAGGAUAUGAAUAAUAGCAUAACCCACUAUAGACAGGCCAAUAUCAGAACUGGCAAUUGUACCACAGCUAACCAAAACUGCGUUAAUAAGAGCAAGCUCCUGACUGAUGUUUAAAAAAAAAAAAAGCAAGUAAGCAAAUAAGAAAUCAACAGAUUAAAAAAUAAAACCCACUUAGCAGCUUGAAAGACUUAGAAAAAAACAAACAAACACAAACCAACUAAAAACCCUAGUGACCCUAGUCACAGGUUGUAAAUACUUUCCUUUAUAGAUAGUCUCUGAAUGCUCCAUGAAACUGUUGUGCAUCGUUGCAUUGCAGAAGUUUGGGGGUGGGAAAGCAGAAGUUUUUGAGAUCCAUGAGAACAGAAACAAACUAUUUUCAUUUUCUUUAAAAAAAAAAGACACCACCAAUAACAGGGAAAGACAGAGUAUUUUUUAAAAUUGAUUAGACAUUUAGGCCAUGAGUUAGACUAGGUCAAAUAAUUCUUAUGCUUCUCUAUUCCUACUGAAAUCAUUUUGAUUUCUUGUCUUCACCUUUCUUUUCUCUUAACUAAACCAAAUCAACCAACUCAGAGGACCACUUAGCUCUAUAAAAUUAAAAUUUGCAUGGAAUUCCAAUAUAAAAACUCGACACGCUGCACACCACAUUUAAAGACAGGGCAUUGGAUGUAUUCUGUUAGGUGGUAUUCCAGGCGGGACAGGCAAUGAACCUGGGUUUUUAUAUUAAUCAACACCAACUGUAGGUAACAAGGUCAAAAUUUAAAAAAAAAAAAUCCAGACUUAACAAAAUGCUGUACUGUUAUAUCCCAAGGGAUUCUCUCUCUGCCCCAUUCCCCUUUUCAUUACAAACUAUUGUCCAAAAAAAAAAAACAUAAUUCAAUUAAAUCAAUUGAUUUAUCUGCAGUGCUGCUCAGAUUCUCAGCUGCAGAUGAACCAAAUACAGGUUUGUUUUUAUUUUCUACCAGUCCUGCACCCUUGACCUCCAGAGCUGGAUAUCAAACUUUAGACUCCUAUUGCAAGAGAGUACAAAUGAAUUCAAUGUAAGCAUGUUUGAAUCUGAUACUCUUUAGUUUUUAAUCGCAUGCUGAGACCCGUUAACUCUGACCAAUAGGGGAUAAGCUUACUUUCAAAUUGACCCUUCUAAAAAUAGAUUCUUUUUCAUUUGCAUUCACCAAAAGUGCACUCCCUCAUUUAUUAAUGAUUUUAUUAGUAAAUAAAGUACUGUAUUUAAGUGCAUAUGUUAGUCAGAAGGGAACAAUAACUUCUGGAGCUCCAAGCAUGUUCUCUUAUUCAGCAUUAUGGCCUAUUCGAAUUAAGGUGUACCUUGAAUUAAUUAAUGCAUGACUUUAAUUUAAAAAAAAAGGAAAAAUAAUAAAAACUUACAAGUUUGUGGGAUGAAGAGCCCAAAAGAAACAAUGGGGGGGGUGGGGGUGGGGGGACAAUUUUCCUGCCUUUGCUCAGGAAAGGUUUCUGUGUAGGUGUAGGGAGAAAGAAAGAGAGAGAGAGUGGACCAAUGCCCAUCCCUUAAUGGGAAGUUAUGUAGGAAAUUAAAUAAGUCAUCAAGGUAUAUAUAGUAUCACCUAAGAACAAGUAUUCUUUUUAGAUGAAGAUAAAUACAAACAGAACACACACACAAACACACACACACACACAAAAGGUGCAAUACUGCAUGUUUUUGGUGCAUUCUUAGGAUGUAAAUGAACAUGUUUAUCUAUUGUAUGCAUCCAAAGCAGAGCUUUCUUUUGCGGUCAUGAUCUGAGGUCUGCAGAGACUUCGUCCCACCCCUCUGAGGCUUCCUGGAGAAACUCAGCCAGUUGAUUCAAUAGUUGCUUAGUGCCUUUACCCUGUACCCAGAGUGAGCUGCAGAAAGUGCCUCACUCACACCUGUUGAGAAGUUAGGUAGCAAAAGGGAGGAUGGGUUGGGGGCACAGAUUCUUUGCUUUUGCUUUUUUUUUCCUCCACCCUUGCUGUCUUGCCUCACCACUGUGAGAGGACCAACCCCCUCCCAAAGUCUGGAGAGGAGACGUCCAAGAUGGAUCUUGCUGGCUAGUCCCUGGACUUGAUCUCUUUGGAACCCGAGACCCACCUUGCAAAUGAACAUGGGCUACGGAUAUGUUUCCCCACCUUCUCCAUCAGAAGUUCAGAUAGACUUUUUUGAGAACUUGGUGCAGUCUGAACAUGCCAGGUAUUCUCAGGUCCAGUGGAGUGUUUCUGGCAUGUUCCCUGUCCUUUUCUCAGUCUCUACAUCUUGUGGAUGAUGAUCUUUUCAGGUUUUUGAUGUGAGGGUGCUCAGCUCAUAAUACUCUUGCCUGAGAUUUUAUUGCCUGCUCUCUUCCUGAUGGUACCUGGACCUGCCUACCUGGCAGCCCUCGCCAAAUCGAGACCCUAGCUUUUGCUUCUCCUCAGGCCUGGCUCUAUUCGAACCCAACCCAGAGACAGGGGAGGACCUUGUGCCUAAUUGGAAGCACUAUAUAACACAUGCCUCUGGGCCCAACAGCUGACCCCCAGUGGAGAAGCACUUAUAAUCUUCAGAAGCAUACCACAAUGGGGACCUUUAUUCUGUACUUAGCAUGUGACCACCUGCUCCUCAUCACCAUAUGUUCCUGCCCAGCUCUUGGGAAUCUGUUCCUUCCAGUCUGACUCCUACCCCACUUGCAGCAAAGCAGUAAACCCAGACACCAAGCCUGGCUGACUCUGUUAAAAGAAAGAACAUGGGUGUUUAAUCUUUCUGUGCAGCUUCUGGGAAUCUGUCAGAUGAACAUUAGCACUCAUCCUGGAAGAUGAGGGUUCAAGAACCACACAGCAUCUGACCAGAGGAUAUAAAACCCUUGCCUGUAAUGUUUCCUUCUCAUUUGAACCUGACUCAUCCUGGCUGUUUUUCUUCUAUCUGCUUAAAAGUUCCCAGUUGGGACCAAAAAAAAAUAUGCCACCACCCCCAUCUCCAGGGAUAUCUUGAUCUUUCAUUGAGAUUUAAGAUACACCGAACUUGAAACCCUGCAUUUUGUCAACAGCAAUAAUACAUGAAGUACUGUGGGAUGAAUGGGUCAGAGGAUGAGAACAUGGGACCAAGACUGAUAAGACUGACUUUGGCUAUCUGGUAUACCUCUCAGAGUUUUCUGUGGGACUGGCUUGAUUUCUUCUGCAUGCGUUAGACAAAAAGGAACUGCAUGCAAAGAACCUGCCAGCCAGGUAUAGGGGGAUGAGUUGUUGUGAUGAAUUUGGGUGGUUUGAGGAAAAUGAAUGCUGCUUAUCUAUCUGAAGCUCAUUGCAACUGAGCCAGUAAGAAUGGAAUACAGGGAUCAGCUGUAGCAUAGGCAUGUAACGUUUGAUAAAGCGCUUACCCCUUGCACUGUAAUGUGCUGAAAUGUUUUUGUAGACCUGAAGGUGCACUUACCAAAACUGCCUACUAAGGAAUGACUAUCUUUUCGUUUACUUUCUUCUGUUUCUUUUAUUGGGCUUUUGACCUUUUCAUUCCCUCCCUUGGACUUGAGCUUUCAUGUCUCAUGUCCUGAAUAUGUGUUUUCUCCAGAAGGAGAAGACUUCUGACCUGCUGAUAGCCAUAACUCAGCUCUUCCAGUGUGUCGGGACCCUAGUUCAAUAGGGUGGCAGUGGAAGGGAUGGGUCGCCCCAGGGCUGUUAGCCAUCCCAGAAUCUCUGAAGUGGUUAACUCACCUCAAGUGAUCUGAAUUAGAGAGACCAAAGACAUUCAUUUCCUCUGUCCUCAGAUUUAUAGAAGACAGAUUAUAGCCAGGAAAGGUUUUGUUUCCAUCUCCUCUUCCCCAUCUGUGCACAGUCCUUCUUUGCUCCCCUCAAGAGUCGAGUUUUUUUUUUUAUUAUCUGUUACCACAAUUCACUUGGAGAGCAUGACGGUGAAUUAGCUUAGUCGAAGCAAAUAGAUAAAGAACAAAUCCCUCUCCUGGAAUGUGACUGUGGGCAGUCAUUUAUCUCCAAGGAAAUUAUGCUUAGACAUUAUGGAAAUUAAAAAAACUCUGUGUUGCUUCCCAGUAUAGGUGAAUCCAAAGCUUGGUUCCCUUGAGAAUAAGUAUAUACAUAAGUGAUCAGGGAAGAAAACAUUUUUUUAAAGUAGAAAUUUGGUUUGGUUCAUGAAGAGCUUUCUCUUUGUGUGGCUAGCUAUUGAACUUUAAAAACUAGUUAACAUCUGAAAAGUCAAUAAAGCAGUCUGAGUGCUUCCAUUUAAUAUAGAACACCUCAAACAUGGGAGGCUUUUAAAACUAUUCUUACAAUUGAGGUCCUUGUUUGGUACAUUGGUUUGAACAUCAGCAGAAGGCAAUUCCCCCUUUUCUUCCAGGAAUGACAUUCCUGGGAGUGGUAAGAAUUGGUGGGUGGUAACCAUCCAUAGUAUAAACCUUUCAGAAAGACUUUAACCUCCCAAAUAAUCAUCUUGUUUCUCAUUUUGGGCCCAUUCCCCUCACUCUAAGAAAAAAUGAAAUAUUUUGAUAUUUGUUUCCAGAAGACAAUAAAUAAGCUCCAAGCUUUAAAAUCAGACACAACCCUAGUUGAUUCCAAUCUCAGGAGGUGGCCCCUCAUCCACCAUGUGGUGUAUUAAUCCUUAUAUUUAUAUCCUGGAAUUUCAGGGUGUAGGUGGACAUGUCCAGCAUGACUCAGGUAAACCUUAGAAGAAUGUACAUUACUUAGCAUUUUCUUGUAAUAACAAAGCAAAACAGGAGCUGAGUUGUUAGCUAAAACAGUCCCAUUACCUUAGGUCACUGUGUGAACUCAUUCAGGGUAUGGGUUUCAGGUUUAGAAGUCCUAUUCAAAUGCCAGUUUGGCUCAGCAAAAAAAUAAAUAAAUAAAUAAAUAGACCAAGCGGCUUCCUAGGGAAGCCCAGGUCUAGGCAAGCAAUGAAGCCCCACUGACUCUAGGAUUCUUAGCUUUAAGAAGAUUAGUUCUCAUCUUAGUUGUUUUCAUUUAGGAGCUUAGUAGGAGCUUCUUUGUUUUUUUUUUCUGAUGUCCAAGAGUAUAGCAAAGUUUUAUACCAUAAUCCAAGAAGAAGAAAUGGUGUUAGGAAAGGAAGUCAAACCAAAUACAAACCCUCUUGCAAAACACUCCAGAUCCAAAAUUGUCUUCUCUCCAAAACUUGUACAAACACCCUUCUUCUCUUUAGUGCACUGUCUGGGAACCAUUUAUGUAACAUCUGUAAGGAGACAGGAUGGACUCUGUAAGACAUACCUUUGAUAGGGAGAAUCUAGUACUACCAAGGGUUAAACACCAAAAUUGAAUAAGUAUUGAUUUAAAGUGCACCAUCAGGACAACAAACCAUUGAAGCUGAAAAAGCUCUAUUUUCUUUCUUGAGUUUGCCAGUUGCUUCCACCCUAAGUUAAGGAUGUGUAUCCUUGUCAUCCAUGGGCGUUUCCCUGCCCUAACUGUUGAACUUGUCAAGUUGAGGACAUUGAAUGUUCAGAAUUGAGAACCUAGUUGAAGAGCAUAGUUUUCAUCUAUGCAAUUUUACUUGCUUCUGUCACUUUAUGAUCUGUUCCUAUUUGGCAUCAAUUAAAGAUAAUUUUUAAGGAUAUUA